UAAAUUUCUCUCAAAAUCACAUUCUCCAUUCAAACAUUUCCAAAGGAGGAAAAAAAAAAUUGAAACCCCAUUUUCUCAAUUAUUGCAAGAAUGAAAUGUUCCUACAAUCUUCCUCUUGUAUAAUUUUUUUCAAUUUUCUCGUAAAAUUUGAAGGAUAAUUAAAGAAUAGUGUCACAUUUUACACAAUGAAGAAAUUGUGUCCUAAUUUGGAGAAAAACGAUGGUUUAGAGACAGUUUUAGAGGUGCCAAUUCCAGAGGAAAUGUUUAGCAAAAUGGGUAGUAAUGCAGCCAUAAGAUGGAAAAAUAUGCGUAAUCUUAUGAAAGCUGAUAAAUUAUGUGCUCAAUCAAAGGCUGUUUCAAGUAACAAUGAUCAAUUUAUAUUCUUGUUGAAAAUUGUUGGCUCUGCUCUUAUUCCUUUUCAAGUUCAAUUGGAUCAUGCCAUUAGCUUGCCUGUUAUGGAUGCUUCCAUUAAGGCUUCUACUGCAAAAUACAUAGUACAACAAUAUCUAGCAGCUAGUGGAGGGCAAGCUGCAUUAAAUUCAAUAAAUAGCAUGUAUGCAGUGGGACAAUUGCAAAUGGCAACAUCAGAUAUUCAUCAAAGUGGUAACCAUAUGAAUUCCAAAAGGACUUGUGAGGAUGGAGGAUUUGUUCUUUGGCAAAAGAACCCUGAUUUAUGGUUUCUAGAAUUGGUUGUUUCUGAUUGCAAAGUCAGUGCAGGUAGUAAUGGAAUAGUAGCUUGGAGUCACUCUUCCAACAAUUCUAAUGCUUCAAAAGGUCCUCCAAGACCACCCCGGAGGUUCUUUCAGGGAUUAGACCCCAGAUCAACAGCCAAUUUAUUCUUGAAUGCUGUUUGUAUUGGUGAAAAGAAAAUUAAGGAUGAAGAAUGCUUUAUACUAAAGCUUGAGACAAGCAAAGACAUGCUAAAAGCACAGAGUACAGCUAAUACAGAAGUUGUUCAUCACACUAUAUGGGGUUAUUUCAGCCAACGAUCUGGACUUCUUAUCCAAUUUGAGGACACAAAACUAGUAAGAUUGAAAUCAGCUAAAGAAGAUGAUAGCGUUUUUUGGGAAACAAGUAUGGAAUCUAUGUUGAAAGAUUAUCGGUAUAUUGAAGGUGUAAACAUAGCACACAGUGGGAAAACUACAGCAACAAUUUAUAGAUAUGGAAAGAACAUAGACUAUAGAGCAAAAGUUGAGGAAACAUGGAAGAUUGAAGAGAUUGAUUUUAAUAUAAGUGGUUUGUCUAUGGAUUGGUUUUUGCCUCCUGCUGAUGUUAAUAAGGAAAAUGAAGAAUGUGAUUCUAGGAUCGCUUUAGCCGACAACCGAGCUGUAUCUUAAAAAAGACAGCCCGAUGCACAAAGCAUCCCACGUUCACGCAGAAUCCGGGAAGGAUCUCACCCCAAUGGGUGUGACGUAGACAGCCUACUCUAAUGCAAGCGUUAGUGGCUACUGGCUAAUGUGAAAAUAUUCUUGUAAAUAUAGAUAGAAUGUUACUUUCUUUUUUGAUUAUUUUUCUUUUUUCAUCUUGUGAAAGAAUUUAAAGCCAUAUUUUUGAAAUACUACUAUUACUAUUUGACCCA